GAGUGAAAGGGGAAGGGCCUCCUAACUACCGCAAGGGACGAUUCCAGCAAGCGUCGAGGCUCCCGGUGCUUCUGACUGACUUCAGCUGGCGAGCACAGAAGGGCACGUUGUUGCCGCGGCUGCCACCUGGGCUUGUCUUUUUGCGGCAGGUUUUAACUCAGAAAACCUGCCCACCCGGGACUCCUCGCAGCUCUUUCCAGGCGCAGGCCUCUGGCUCUCUCUCGGGGUUCUGCAGGAGGAGCGAGUGGGUCUGUGAGUGUUUGUUAUUUUUCUAGUCCCUUCACACUCAUGAAAAGUGUGUAAAUGUGAAAGUGUGGGAAGUGUGUGUGUGGGUCUGAGAGAGAACGGAAGAGAAGGGGAGCUAGACCCAGAGCUUCUGUGGCCCCGGCUUCAGCGUCCUUCAGUGGGCAGCCUCUGUAGCCAGGCAGUCCUCUCCUGGUGCACGGGUCGGAGAUGAAUUCCCUCUGGAAUAUCCUUUUGGCGACAACUCUCUUCUUACUCCUGCCCCUUCACACGUUGGCCUCUCCAGCCUCCGACGACCAGCCCAUCGCCAGAUACUCCAAAGGCCAUACCUGUCUAGCCUGUGUGGCGGUAGUAUCCGUGAUUGAACAGCUCACUCAAGUACACAACUCCACGGUGGAGGCCUCGAUGGAGAGACUCUGCAGCUACCUGCCAGAGAAGCUGUUCUUGAAGACCACCUGCUAUUUAGUGAUAAGAAUGUUUGGACCGGACAUCAUAAAACUUGGAACAUUCAGAUCUGACUCAGAUCUGUUGUCCGCCAAAGGCUGCCCUUGGGUCAAAGUGUGGCCCCUGGCUCGGUUUCUCAAGAGCCUUUCCGAAGGAAUUUUACCAACAAAUGAUCAGACCUGGUAUCUAGAUUCUCUUUUUUAUGUUGGCAUUUGUGCACUUGAACUGUGGGAGCAAGUGAUGCUCUGGUCAAGCCAGGUCCUGAUGAACCCACCCUCGGCCUUCCAGGGAGAGCGACAGAAGCAUCAUCACGUGCAGCACGAAGGGGGUCGGAAGGCGUGUGGUGCAGCCCUCGUCACUGGGCAGUUUGAGGCAUGGAAAUUUACACUAGAGAAGGCGAGACAGAUUGUGAAGAAAUCCCCAACUCCGAAAUAUUCCAGAAGUAGUUCUGAUGUUUGUUCCCUCCCAUUUUUGGCCAAGAUCUGUCAGAGGAUUAAAUCAACUAUAAAAAAUUCUGUGCCAUUCAAAGAUGUAGAUUCGGACAAAUACAGCGUUUUCCCAACACUGAGGGGCUACCACUGGCGAGGGAGAGACUGCAACGACCGCAACAAGAUGGCAUACCCGGGCAGAAGGCCAGACAACUGGGAUGUACAUGAGGAUUCAAACUGUAAUGGCAUUUGGGGUGUUGAUCCAAAAGAUGGAAUUCCGUAUGAGAAGAAGUUCUGUGAAGGUUCGCAGCCCAGGGGAAUCAUUUUCCUGGGAGACUCAGCUGGGGCUCAUUUUCACAUCUCUCCCGAAUGGAUCACAGCUUCACAGAUGUCUUUGAAAUCCUUCAUCGAUUUACCAACAGCUCUUACCAAUGAGCUCGACUGGCCCCAACUCUCUGGUGCUACUGGGUUUCUGGACUCCAUUAGUGGAAUUAAAGAAAACUCUAUUUACCGUCAAUUACGGAAAAGAAAUCACUGCAAUCACAGAGACUACCAGAAUAUUUCAAGAAAUGGUGCAUCCUCCCGGAACCUGGAGAAAUUUCUAGAAACUUUGUCUAGAAACCAACUGUUGGACCAUCCAGCCAUUGUCAUAUAUGCCAUGAUUGGAAAUGAUGUCUGCAACGGGAAAGCUGACCCAGUCCCAGAAAUGACCACUCCUGCAAAAUUAUACUCGAGCAUCAUGCAGACUCUGAAGUAUCUAAAUUCCCACCUGCCAAAUGGCAGCCAUGUUAUUUUAUAUGGCUUACCAGAUGGGACAUUUCUCUGGGAUAAUUUGCACGACAGAUAUUAUCCUCUCGGCCAACUAAAUAAGGAUGUGACCUAUGCACAUUUCUACUCCUUCCUGAACUGUCUCCAGGUCAGCCCCUGCCACAGCUGGAUGACCUCCAACAAGACGCUCCGGACUCUCACUUCAGAGAGAGCAAAACAACUCUCCAAUACACUGAAAAAAAUUGCAACCAGCCAGAAAUUUACGAACUUCGAUCUUUUCUACAUGGAUUUUGACUUCCACGAAGUUACCGAGGAGUGGCGGAAGAGAGGUGGGCAGCCCUGGCAGCUCAUUGAACCUGUCGAUGGAUUCCACCCCAAUGAAGUGGCUUCACUGCUGUUGGCAGAUCGCUUCUGGAAGAAGGUGCAGCUACAGUGGCCCCAGGUUCUGGGAAAGGAGAAUCCAUUCAACUCUCAGAUUGAACAGGUGUUUGGAGACCAAGGUGGCCACUGAGCGCCUUCAGGAUGUGCACUCCUGGAAAGCUCAGGGAGGCAAGAACUUGGGUAAAUCCAUCCAACAAACGGUUAUGGGGCUGCCAUUUUGCAGGCACAUAGAACCCUCUUUAGCAGCAAAUUUGCAAAGUGCUUUUCUCUCGUUUUGGAGUCUAUCUAAAUGACAGCAUGAUUCGGAGUGUUUCAGGGAGCAGUUCCCUCCAUUUGUCCCUCAGGUCACUUUAAUAAAGUGUUUUGGAUGCCAUUCCAAGCAAGAGAGAGUAUCUGUGCCCUUUAACAGCUUAUUGUUCUAAAAUCAAAUUAGAAGUCCAGCAAUGCUCAGAUCUUACCCAGGGUGUUGGUGCACCAGGAUUGAGCCUCACUCCGGUGCUGCUGCUUUUGGAUGGCCAGCAGGCUGGGGCUGCCCCUAGGAAGGCUGCUGGCUGGCUGCCAAGAGCUCUCACAAGAGAACACAGAACUAUAAACACAAAAUUAGGUACAAACUUGGAUGUUUAUUUAGAACGAGAAAAGAAAUCACAACAAAUGGCAAUUUUUUUUUAAGUUGACAAAUAGCAUAAGCCCCACAAAAUCCAGAUGAUUGAAAAAAUGACAAUUUUUCUUCGUUUAAAAGGUUUUCUUACAUUCUUCAGCUGCAUAGUCUCAUCAGCUUUUCCUAUAACAAUGAUUUGGUGAUAUCAUGGUCUACAGAAAGGACAGAAAAGUAAAACGUGUUGCUUUUUAUUGAUAAUUUAGAAGAGUUUCUUUCAGCUGCAUAACUCAUUGGUAAAGUCAUGUAAAUUUUUAGAAUUAUUGUCAAAUUGGGAGGACCUCUAUCAAAUCUCUUUUGAGUGAGAGCUAUUAGAGACACACUCCCUAUUUGGAAUAUUGUUAACAUUUUGUGUGCGUGUAAGCCUGGAAAUUCUGGUAAAUUCUAUCGCACACCAUUCUCGUUGGUGUGUCACUCACUUCCCUUGCCCAUCUCUCACACAGCCACGGAUUUUGGGGGCCAGUGGGUAUACGCCCAGACCCUCAUCGUGCUGUCAGCACCCCACUUCACAUAGGCACAUCUUCCUACAUUUUGCCCUCAGAAGCUUGCUUGACACAGCCCAGAGGUGUGGGGCAGUUCCACCCCAGGCAUCCCAGGAGCUGGUGAAUAAAUGCACCAGCCUCUUGCUUUCAUGGUCAGUUUGGGGAGGCAUUCGGUGUGCAUCUCAGAGGCAGAAUCAGCCCCUUCGUUCAUAGCAACAAUGCCUUAGAUGGUGCUUUCUUCUACUCUGUGUCACUCUCCUUGCCCCCUCAUUCCUGCCCUCUGGGAUGCUUCCCAAAUAAACCACCUGCACCUAAGUCUUUGUCUCAAUAAAGACAACAUUAAAAUGAUGGCGUGUGCAUAA